GGAAGGAGGAGCGCGUUGGUGCGUCCUGCGUACGGUGCAGUGUGGAACGUUUCGGCAACGUGGUCCCCUUCUUUGCGGGAAAACGCGCGUUUUGGUGUUUGGCCAACUGCGGCCUUGCAGGCCUGUAGCGGCCGAAUAUUUGGUGUCUUUUCACUGGUUUAAAAGCUUGCGGCGGGCCGCGCAGCGCCCUGACCCGGCCUCACCAUGUUGGUGCUGUUUGAAACGUCCGUCGGCUACGCCAUCUUUAAGGUUUUGAAUGAGAAGAAACUCCAAGAGGUUGAUAGUUUGUGGAAAGAAUUUGAAACUCCAGAGAAAGCAAAUAAAAUAGUAAAGCUGAAACAUUUUGAGAAAUUUCAGGAUACAGCAGAGGCAUUGGCAGCAUUCACAGCUCUGAUGGAGGGCAAAAUCAAUAAGCAGCUGAAGAAAGUUCUGAAGAAAAUAGUUAAAGAAGCCCAUGAGCCCCUGGCUGUAGCUGAUGCUAAACUGGGAGGUGUCAUAAAGGAAAAGCUGAAUCUCAGUUGUAUCCAUAGUCCUGUUGUUAAUGAACUUAUGAGAGGAAUCCGUUCACAGAUGGAUGGAUUAAUCCCUGGGGUAGAACCACGUGAAAUGUCUGCUAUGUGUCUUGGGUUGGCACACAGCUUGUCCCGAUAUAGAUUGAAAUUUAGUGCUGAUAAAGUGGACACGAUGAUUGUUCAGGCAAUUUCUUUGUUAGAUGACUUAGAUAAAGAACUAAACAACUACAUUAUGCGGUGUAGAGAAUGGUAUGGCUGGCAUUUCCCUGAAUUGGGAAAAAUUAUUUCAGAUAAUUUGACAUACUGCAAGUGUUUACAGAAAGUUGGCGAUAGAAAGAAUUAUGCCUCGGCCAAACUUUCUGAGUUACUGCCGGAAGAAGUGGAAGCAGAAGUGAAAGCAGCUGCAGAAAUAUCUAUGGGAACAGAGGUUUCAGAAGAAGAUAUUUGCAACAUUCUGCAUCUCUGUACCCAGGUGAUUGAAAUCUCUGAAUAUAGAACACAGCUCUAUGAAUAUCUGCAAAACCGAAUGAUGGCCAUUGCCCCCAAUGUUACAGUCAUGGUUGGGGAGUUAGUUGGAGCACGGCUUAUUGCUCACGCAGGUUCUCUUUUGAAUUUGGCCAAACAUGCAGCUUCUACAGUUCAGAUUCUUGGAGCAGAAAAGGCACUGUUCAGAGCCCUCAAGUCUAGGCGAGAUACCCCUAAGUAUGGUCUCAUUUAUCAUGCUUCACUUGUAGGCCAGACAAGUCCCAAACACAAAGGAAAGAUUUCUCGAAUGCUGGCAGCCAAAACUGUUUUGGCCAUCCGGUAUGAUGCUUUUGGUGAAGAUUCCAGUUCUGCAAUGGGAGUUGAGAACAGAGCCAAAUUAGAGGCCAGGUUAAGAACUUUGGAAGAUAGAGGGAUAAGGAAAAUAAGUGGAACAGGAAAGGCAUUAGCAAAAGCAGAAAAAUAUGAACAUAAAAGUGAAGUGAAGACUUACGAUCCUUCUGGUGACUCCACACUGCCAACCUGUUCUAAAAAACGCAAGAUUGAACAGGUAGACAAAGAAGAUGAAGUUAUUGAAAAGAAGGCUAAAAAAGCCAAGGUUAAAGUUAAAGUUGAAGAAGUAGUAGAAGUAGAGGAAGAAGGAGUACAAGUGGUGGAAGAACAGGAGACACCUGUGAAGAAGAAGAAGAAAAAGGACAAAAAGAAACACAUUAAGGAAGAACCACUUUCUGAGGAAGAACCAUGCACCAGCACAGCAGUUGCUAGUCCAGAGAAAAAGAAGAAAAAGAAAAAAAAAAGAGAUAAUGAGGACUAAUGGAAGGAACCAUUCCUUCAAAAGAUUUCAUAAUUGAAUCACCUGGAUACAUCAUGCUUGAGAUUCAGUCAGAAGUAUACCAGAGAUGCUCUCUAAAAUAAUUGACAGGAGGUUGAAUAAAACAAAAUGAUUAAUCAACAACAUUUCAAACCUAUUUAUGUCGUGACAUCACUUCAACUGUCAUCAUUUCUUAGAAUAUUUGUUAUACAAAUAAAAAUAUUUUCUUUGUA